GUGACCUCUGCUGCAAAGCAGCAGUCGGCCUGCCAGAAGCUGAAAAAGCCCGAGAAGCAAGCAGGUGUCAUCAAGGACAAGCCUGCCGGCAAGGGGAAGAAGGCCAGCAAAGCAACGACAGCCGCUGCGCCGUCUGCAGCCGUGGAGCCUGAGAUCCCCGCACCGGCCCCCGCAGCCGGUGGGUGGCGGCAGACAGUUAUUUGCUUGGAUUUGCUUGCGCUAGAAGCCGAGUUCAAGGCUAUUGGCAUCCCUAUCCCGCCUGGAUUCCAGGGAGACCGGAAGUCUUACACUGUGGCUGGGAUCGGCAUCCUUUGGUAUGACAAGCAGUUGUACGUGAAUGUGAGCAGGCCAGAAGGUGGAUUGCCCGUGAACAAGAAGGGCGGGUCCUGCGUGUCG